CUUUACUUCUCUUUCGGAGAAUGGUCUUCAUGAUCUCAUCAGGGCUAUAUGGGCUGAUAGUAUAUCAGAUAGAUCCGGAAGACAUCUUUCCUCUGUAGGACCUCAAACCUAUGCGAGACAUUGACAGAAGACAACUUCUCCUUUUACACUCGAGAGCAUUGUCUCCGUCCAUCCAUCAUGUCCCCAGAGACGUCCGUGUUAUUACUCUGGUUGGUUCUCAUACAAGAAGGAGCCUCCAUCAGACCUGUGGUGACCUUCACUCCAAACUACAAGAAGAUAUUCACAACGGAGUCUAUAACAAUGACCUGUGAUGUGGAGGCUACUAGAGGAGAAGAUCUGAAGUAUAUAUGGUACAAAGACCACGUGCAAGUGCACAGUGGAAAAUACUAUACAAUACAAAAUGCUGGAACAUCACACAGUGGAAAUUACGGAUGUCAGACCAGUACUGGAGAAAUAAGCGACCCCGCUAGACUGGAUGUUAGUAAUGAUUGGCUCAUCCUGCAGACCCCUCUAUAUGUCUAUGAAGGAGAUGAGAUGACGUUACGAUGUCACCACUAUCCUGGAUAUAGAGGAGGACAGACAACGUUUUACAAAGAGAACAAAAACAUUACAGACGGGAGCGCUGAUGAGGAAUUUCAUAUUAGUAAUGUAGACAGGACAAGUGCCGGGAAAUACAAAUGUACAAAAGAAGACUAUUAUCGUCCAUCGUCUGUAUAUGCAGCUGAAGCUUCUGUAUCUGUAGAAGAGCUGUUCAAGACUCCGACCAUAAAAGUGACCCCACACCCAGUUUUUAAGAAGGAAAACAUGACCCUAAAAUGUGAGACAAGUCUCCAUCCAUCCAGAAAGAACACUCGGCUACGGUUUACUUUCUAUAGAGAAGGACGAGUUAUUCAGGGAUCUGGUGACAAGGACAUCUAUGAAGUCUCCAUGGUACAGCUGGAGCAUUCUGGGAAAUAUUCAUGUGAAGUGCAAACCACAGAUGGAAGAGUGAGGAAGAAAAGUGCAGAGGAACCAAUCCAGAUAGAAGAGCAAUUCUCAUAUCCAAAUAUAACGGUGACCAAAAAUCUAACAGCUGAAGGAGAUGCCAUGACCCUGACAUGUGACACGACUAUACAUAUAAAGCCUACAGAAGUGCAGUUUGCUUUCUACAGAGAUGGACGGGAGGUUCGAGGAUUUAAUUUAUCUAACAAAUAUGAAGUUCAGUUUGCUCAGCAGGAGGAUUCUGGGAAUUAUACCUGCGAAGUAAAAAACACAAUCAACACUACCAUGAAGACAAGUGAUAGGUACAACGUAUGGGUAGAAGAGCUCUUCUCCCCUCCAGUACUGAAAGUAUCUCCAGAGUUGGUCAACCAGGGGGAGAACAUGAUUCUAACUUGUGACACAAAACUUAGUGAACAUAGGCAGACUACAGAACUGCAGUACGCCUUCUACAGAGACGGGGAAAACAUUCAAGGGUUCAACUCUUCUAAUAGGUAUGAGGCUAAAUUCAUAAAGGAGGAAAAUUCUGGGACAUAUACAUGUGAGAUACAAGCAUCAAACGGCAGUGUAAAGAAGAGGAGCAAGGAAGUUCAGAUAGAAGUGUCAUAUCACUCUUCUCUAAUGAUCAUACUACCUGUAAGUUUGGGGCUGCUCCUACUCAUCGUCAUCAUCUCUAUCUUUGUGUUUGUAUACAAUAAACGCCGAUCAUCCAACAAUAACCCUCAGCCACCAACAGACGCUGAUGAAUACUCUGAUGCAGAUAAUGAAUACUCUGAUGCAGAUAAAGUUACUUAUACAAACCUUGCCAUGACUAGGGGGCCACAGAAUGAUGUUCCAGAAAACAAUGGAUCUGAUGUUGUCUAUGCUGUAGUAAACUCCAAGGCUAAACUACAAGCCAAGGCUUCCCAAGGAAUGUCUGACACUUCAACCGACGUCUAUCAGAACAUCGGCUCCAAUAGAUGAAAUCAUCUCCAAAUGUGACCAUCAAGAAAAAAAAAACACAA